CAUGCUUUGAGCCUAGCAGAAAUCAGAAUACUUUCGAAUUUUUAACAAACAUGUUCAAAUUCGUAAAAUAUAAACGCUUAUAUGCUAUUACUCCAUUCAUCGAUGGAAUUUUCGAUAAUGAAAAUGAUAGAAUCAAAGGUGAUAGGGUAGAUCAAGUUUAUAGCUCAAAGGAGGCAGAUAAUAUUAGUGGAUGGCAAAGGUUAAAGAAUCUUUUUAAAAAGCAUGAUGACGAUAUUGUGCAUCCAGUAGUUACAGAUACAAUACAAACCGCAAUGGGGGGUUUCAUUUUCGGAGGCGUAUAUGGAGCUUUGAUUCAUUCAAGAGCCGCAUUUAUAAAAUUUAUAGAGACAAACGAAGCCACUCAAUUUCGUAACCACUUGGAUGCCAAGCGUAAAUUGUCCGAUGCGAUGUUUGCAAGUUAUUUGAAAGGAUUUGGUCAAUGGGGUAUCAAAAUUGGUUUUUUUGUUACAACAUUCACAUUUGUACAACAAACCCUUUCAGUAUACCAAAAUAAAUAUGCUUUCUGGCAUUACUCAGUUGGUGGUGCAACUGCAGGGUCAUUAUAUAAAUUUCAACUGGGUCCUAAAGGAAUGGUAUCAGGAGCAAUUUUUGGUGGUCUUUUUGGAACAUUGUAUGGAUCUAUCAAAGUUAUCUUAUUAAAAUUGACAAAUAUAAGCGAAGAAGAUCUACUGGAGUAUAAACAAAAUUUAGUAGAUAUGAAGCAUGACUUUGAUUGGAAAUGGAUAAAAUCAAGGGAUACCAAGCAAAUAGAAAAAGAACUUGAACAAGCUAUGAUGAAUCCAAAAGGACACAUAGAUUCAUCAUAAUACCAUUUAUAUCCUCUGUUUAUAAGUUAUCUGUAAAUAAAAAUGUAAUUAGUUUUGAACAAGAUUUUGUUUCAUAUCUU